AUCCCGCCGGAGAUCGCCGAGAACCCGCUCCUGCUCGCGGCGAUCGCCAGGUCGCUGCCCGCGAACUACGGCUUCGAGGUCCCGAAGACGAUCUGGCGCGCGACGGAGGCCAAGGCGACGUGCAUCGCGCUGCAGCUCCCCGAGGGCCUGCUCCUCUACGCGAACGCGCUCGCGGACAUCGUCAAGGAGUUCUGCAAGGCGCGCGUCGUCGUCCUCGCGGACGUGACCUACGGCGCGUGUUGCGUCGACGACCUGACGGCGAAGGCUUUGGGGGCCGACUUCCUCGUGCACUACGGCCACUCGUGCCUCGUGCCCAUGACGGUCACGGGCCCGCUCAAGUCGCUCUAUGUGUUCGUCGAGAUCGGCUUCGACGUGGACCACCUCGUGGGCUGCGUCGAGGCCCAGUUCGGGACGCGGGCGAUCACCGCGGGCGAGGCGGGCGAGUCGCGCGCGGCGGCGGCGAGGCUCGCGCUCGCGGGGACGAUCCAGUUCGCGAGCGGCGUCGAGCGCGCGCGCGGCGCCCUCGAGAGCCGCGGGCUCUCGUCCCUGGUGCCGCAGCAGAUGCCCCUGAGCGCGGGCGAGGUUCUGGGCUGCACGUCGCCCAAAUUGACGGCGCGCGUCGACGCGAUCGUCUUCGUCGCCGACGGCCGCUUCCACCUCGAGUCGAUCAUGAUCCACAACCCCGACGUCCCCGCCUUCCGCUACGACCCCUACGGCAAGGUGCUGACGCGCGAGCGCUACGACGUGCCGCGCAUGCGGCGGCUCCGGGAAGCCGCGGUCCGCGACGCGCGGGCCGCGACGCGCGUGGGCCUCGUGCUCGGCGCCCUGGGCCGCCAGGGGUCGCCGGACGUGCUCCGCCGCGUCAAGGCGCUGCUCGUCGCGCGGGGAAUUUCUCAUUUCUGCCUCGUGCUGUCGGAGAUCACCGCGGACAAGCUCGCGAUCUUCGACGCGCACGUCGACGCCUGGGUCCAGGUCGCGUGCCCGCGCCUGAGCAUCGACUGGGGCCACGCCUUCUCGCGGCCGCUCCUCUCGUCCUACGAGGCCCACGUCGCCUUCGGCGCCGAGGCCUGGGUCGACGGCCACUACCCGAUGGACUACUACGCGAAG